GAGUCAUUUCCAGGAAAGGAAGCUCCUGGUGGCUGAAAACAGAGAAAGUGAAACUUAACUCGGGUCUUUGGCGUGAGGGAGCCAUGGCUGCUGCUGGGUGUUCCGACCAGAAUCUUUCUGAUGUAGCCACUUGCUCCAUCUGCAUGGACUAUUUUAAGGAUCCAGUGAUCAUCCCAGAGUGUGGGCACAACUUCUGCCGGUCUUGCUUGAUCCAGCGCUGGGACGAAUCGGAGGCAGAGGCUUCCUGCCCUCAGUGCAGAGAAACAGUCCAGCAAAAUAAUCUCAUCCCCAACCGGCAACUGGCAAACUUAUUACAAUUAAUCAAGAAUCUCAGCGUUUUAGGAAGGGAAGAAGAAGAAAGAAAGGGAGGAGUCUGCAAGGAGCACCAGGAGCCCCUGAAGCUCUUCUGCAAAGUCCAUGAAGCCCCCAUCUGUGUGGUGUGUGACAGAUCCAGGAUACAUGAAAAUCACAAGGUGAUUCCUCUGAAGGAGGCUUUAGAGGAAUACAAGGUAAGAGAUCCCUGGAUCUUGAGGGGGAGAAAUAGCUGUGGAUUCUUCUUUUUAAUUCUCAGAUCCAAAUUAGGCAUGGCAUUAAUUAGUCAUUGUUUAUUAAGUUAGAAGCAGUCAAGGGGAAGGCUGAGGGCUCCUGGGAUGGCUGGGAGAAGGAGGUUGAAGUCUUUCUCUCUGCCAGGGACAACGGGAUCUCCCUUGAAAUACUCACAGCAGCUUCAAAGAUUUAGUACCAUGGGAGAGAGUGAAAGGGUUAACCUUAUCCAAAUCCCCCAGUAAGGUCGCUUUGUACAUAUUAAGAACAGAUGUACAUUGCACAUACACAACUAAGUAAAUGCUCCUGUGCCAUGCAAUGUCAAUAAUGCCACAUAUUAGUAAUAAUAACGAAUGAAGCUGCCCCUUUUGAAUUUGCGGAAUGACCAGACAGCAAUCUUCUGACCGAAGGAGCUACUUAGGUGGAUUCUGGGCCAGCAAGAACUUCUUUGCCCAGAAAUGGAAGAAGUUCUUAAAUCUCCCCUGGUGGCCCAAGCACACGUGGGCUCUGGCUACUGCAGAGAAAAGAACUGACAAGUAGCAGAAAACCUGAAUUGCCAUCUGACCCAGUUAAGCGGCAGAGCAGUGGGGUCAAGAGGAAGGGUGAAAAAGCCCUAGACUUGCAGAAGAGGGGUUUGGAAUGGGUGAAGUUUUGAGAAGCGCUGCUCUAUCCCUGUCUCUCUAGCCUCUUGGGCUGACCUCAUUAUCUCUUUGAUGCUAGACUGAUACAUCCCAGAUUGGAUCCUGUCUCACCCCUUCCUCCUCCUCCUCCUCCUCCUCUUCCUCCUCUUCCCACGUCUCCCUGGGACCUCAAGAAGAGAAGUCAGGCUGGGACUUUCCUCGGAGGAGAUAAAGGAGCAAGCAUGGCUGCCUUUGCUCUUCUCCAGACUAGCUUGUUGUGCUAGAAAACUUUCCCAUCCCAGUUCCGCAGUGGUUUUCAACAAGUUUGCUGUGGCACCUGGGCUGCCUUGAAUGAUGCUCAGGGGUGCUGCUGGCAACACUGGCCUCUGUCCCUCUUUCCUUCCCUCCCUCCUUGGAUGUCCCAAAGGCUUGCACAGCUGUUUGGUGCAGCAGCCCUGGCUACAAGAUCCGCUGGCGAAUGGUGCCUCUGGGGCUGGCCAGGGGGUGUUGGCUGCCAGGAGCUGAGGCGGCCUCGGAGUAAGCAAGCAAACUGGUGAGGGGCCCUUGCUCUUGGGAAUGGACAGACAAGUCCCUGUGGGGCAGCGUGAGGAGGCACCUCUCUUUGGGGCAGCUCAGAGACCAAGAGGAGGACUCCUAAGAAGAGAGGAGAGAAGAGGAGGCUGAGAGAGCCCUCUACAAGGGAGGGUGUUUGAGAAAGGGUGAGGGGCUGCAAGCUCUGCAAGCAAGGGGUGGCUUAACUGGGAUCCUGAGCCCCACAGGGACACCACAGAAAGAAGGUAGUUGGACGAGGGAGUUAUGCACCCUCUAGACUCCAGUAAACUACUUUGCUAUUAUAGCAAGGUCACCGGGCCCAAGAAGCCAGUGUAAUAUUCAUCUCUCUGUGUGUCUCUAUCAAACCUGAGUUCUUCCUUUUCUUUUCAGGGAGAGAUCUGUCGCCACCUGGAGAUUCUGAAGAAAGAGAGAGAGGAAAUUCUGGCCUAUCAAGCAGCCUUGGACAAGGAAAGCAAAGACCUCCUUGUAAGUGUCUCUAUUGUUACUAGGGAGGGAACAAUCACUUGAAGAGUCGAGUCAGGACUGAGGAGGGGUGGGGAAAUCUGCCCAUUUCAGCUUCUCCCCAUUUCUCCUUUUUCCAUAUCAGUUUGUUUAUUCAUUUAUUAUUCUGAAAAUGAAUCAAAUGUUAGGGUAGCUACUUCCUUGUAGAAAUAUUUUGAUAUGUACUUUACCCUCAUAAAUACAUUUUUGUGAACAAAAUUGACCUGGCUGGGUCAACCUUGAGCAAUUCAGAGGUGUGAUUUUCAAAGGAUUGCUCUGUUUUCGUCUCCAUAAUUUUACAGCAAUAGCAAAUUAGGUAAAUUCACUUUUGAAUGCAGCUAAUUUGAGUUUAUUUCCCAUUGUCAUUUAUUAUAUGAAUAGCAGUGAAGGAGAAGCCUGAGGACUUGUGAGCUGAGAGGGUGGAAGUAGGUCAAUUCAAAUCCUGAUUUACCAUAAAUAUUACUAAAGAGUUGUCUUUCUAAAUGUACAUUUUUACAUCCCACAUAUCCAUGGCUAGAAAAAAAAAUGCUCCUUGCUUUAGGCUGUAGCCCUCUGCAAAAUAGAAAUCAACAGAAACAGCAAUGGAGAGGGCCUCCCCUCAAAAUAAAGGUUUACAUCUUUAGCCACUGGAGGUUUCAUUUCUAUGAAAAAUCAGAAGUGUCCUCCCUGUGGAAUUCUCACUAUUCUCUUCCUGAUGUUUUGAAGGCUGAGCACCUUCCACACUCUGACCUCCUCUUUUCUUGCAGAAAUUAACAGAAACGGAGAGGCUGAAGACUGUGGAGAAGUUCAGAGAACUGCGCCAGUUCCUGGAAGAACAAGAAAAACGUCUGCUGACUCAUGUGGAAGAGGUGGAGAAGGAGAUUGCAGGGAGAAGGGAUGAGCAGCUGGCCAAACUCUCCAGGAAACUCUCCUCUCUGGAGAGGAUCAUCCAGGAGAUGGAGGAGAAGAGUCAGCAGCCAGCGAAUGAACUCCUGCAGGUAAGAUGGUGGCAGGAACAGCCCAAGGCUCCAGGAAAAGGCUGCCCCUUUCAUGUAUGCAAGGAGUGCAGGGACUGAGUUGAUGGAGCCUCUAGUCAGGUUUGUAUUGGACAGGAAAACCAAAGAGACCUGAGAUGCUUAACUCACCUGAAUGCAGACUAGAGAUUCGUCUGUGUUCUUGAUGGAACGGGAGCUGAUCUUCUGCUUUUUGCUGAUGAUUUGUCUCCGAAUGCCUUUCAGCUGUGGGGGCUUCGUCUAGGAUGCGUUCAGGCCUCCUUCCAACAUGAGCCAUUUCCAUUCUCUUCCUGUUUCCUCCACAACUUCUGGGUUGAUCCCCUUCCCCAUGGAUACAGAUCGGCCCAAAAUGGUGCUCAGUCACAGUGACCAAAGAGCAAGACAGAGGGACUCAUCCAGACUGCUGCUUGUCCCACCCCUUUCCUCCAGGAAAACCCGUGGUUUACUGCUGAAUUAGAGCAAAACUCAGCCAGGUUUUCUCCAGAUUGACGUUUGCUUUGAUGUUGCAGAAAGAAGCAGGUUUUUCCUGAGGGAAAGCGGCAGGGCAAAGGCAAAACCACUUGGACUCGUGUUUUCUGGGCACAGGAAAGGGAGAAGUGUGGGCGAGCCCAAAGAAACACGGAAUUGUUUUAUUACCCCUUUGGAGGCAUUUUAUGCUGCAGGUGCUUUUUUAAUUUCCAGGUGGAAAAUAGCAUUUGAAAUUUGGGGACUUCUAUGGAAGACAAUUUGGGACAGUGCCCUGGUAGGAUUAUCCUGUAGGCUUACUUACGUCUGAACUGCACAAUGCAAACUGGAUUAAAGUUAUUAAAUUAUGGAAUUGUGGAGAACUUUAAAUCGGAACAAUUAAUAAUUUCAUAUUGGAAAUGUUAUGUACUGAAGUUCUCACCCUGGGCCAGCAGGGGGAUACUGUAGAUAGUUAUGCAAAUGAAGGAUCGAAAGUGACGUUCAGUGAUUGGAUAGUUUGUAUGCAAAUGAAGGAUCAAAAGUGACAUUCAGUGAUUGGAUAGUUUUAGAAAAUGGCAACAGUUACAUUGUUCUGGAGCUCUAUAUAAGCAGGCUGACUGAGCUCCUCGGUUCAGUUCUGUUCCAGCUUACAAAUAAAGAGCUGCUUGGAAGAAUUGCUGUGUCGUCUGAUAUGUUCGCCCACAACUUAACAGGAAAAAUAAAAGCGGUGAGAAACCAAAACUGGCUGAUUCCGCCAUCCCUACCCAAAACCUUGGCAUGUGCCAGGCAGACUGACAUCUGAGGGCCAGGGUCUGAGGGGGUCUUCCUAGUGUGGCUUGUGGUGUGCAGUGAAUAACCUUCUCUUUUUCCCUCUAGGAUGUGAGAAGGACCUUGCAGAGGUAAGUGGAUCUGGCUCAUUUCCAUUAGCAUCACUCUUUGAAGCUGAGAUGCAAGAACCUUAGACAUGGCCCUCCAGGGGCUGCAGGGGGGGGGACUGUAGGACUCACUCCCUGCAGCACCUCACAGGUAAAAGCAGGGCCCCCUCUUCUGAACUUGUGGCCCCCCAAUUCUCCCUCCAAGGUUCAAGGUCAACUGCCUCCUCCCUCCCUCCCUUCCCACAUCACUUCACAAAGGGAUGGGGGCUCUUUUCUUUCUCUUGCACUUUCUGUUCAUGGACUUUUUGGUACAGUGGUGCCUCGCAAGACGAAAUUAAUUCGUUCCGCAAGUUUUUUCUUCUUGCGAGUUUUUCGUCUUGUGAUGCACGGUUUCCCAUAGGAAUGCAUUGAAAAUCAAUUAAUGCGUUCCUAGGGAAACCGCCUUCAGACCAGGUCCGGGGACAGUCUGUCCCCCGACCUCUUCUGAAGGCUGGGGAGGGGGGGAACAAGGGCUUUUCUUCCCACCCCCAGCAUUUUAAAAAACCCCGGGACAGCGGAGGACUUCUCCGCUGUCCGGGGCGAUCUUAAAAUGCUGGCGGGCGGCAUUUUAAAAUCGCCCGGGACAGCGGAGGACUUCUCCGCUGUCCGGGGCGAUGUAAAAGCCCCGGGGAAGGCAGGCAGGGGGACAAGACUUUGCCCCCGCCCGCCUUCAGAAGAGGUCCUGGAUCUCUUCUGAAGGCGAGCGGGGGGCGAAAGUCUUUGCCCCCCCCGCCUGCCUUCAAAAGCCGUCCGGAACAGCGGAGAAAGGCGCUGCCUUUCUCCGCUCUCCCGGGAAGGCAGGCAGGGGAGCAAAGACUUUCGCCCCCGCCCGCCUUCAGAAGAGGUCCUGGACCUCUUCUGAAGGCAGCGGGGCGAAGUCUUGCCCCCGCCUGCCUUCAAAAGCCGUCCGCGAUAGCGGGAAGCGCUUCCCUGCUAUGCCGGACUGUUUUUAAAAUGCUGGCGGUGGGGAGCAGAGCCUGUCGGCCCCCGCCGGCCUUCCUGGACCUCUUCUGAAGGCCGGAGGGGGGGAAAGGCUUUGCUCCCCACCGCCAGCAUUUAAAAGAGGUCCCCGGAGAUUUCCCUAUGGGCUUUCAUCUUGCGAAGCAAGCCCAUAGGGAAAUUCGUCUUGCGAAGCGCUUCCAAAACAGAAAACCCUUUCGUCUUGCGGGUUUUCCGUCUUGCGAGGCAUUCGUCUUGCGGGGUACCACUGUAAUUUCUAACAUCUAGAAGAGAAAGUGCCAAAUAUGCUUGGGAAGAGCUUAGGAUGUACCAACAAAUUUCAGUGUCCAAGUAGCAUCUUGUGCAAGUAGCAGCCACCCAACUCUUGGCAGCUUUGGACAUCACUCACCUCCUCUGGAGAAGCUCAGGGAGGGAGGGGUUGCAGGCAUUCCACCUCAGGGGUUUGGUUCUUAAGUCCUGGCACCUUCCCAGAAAGCUGUUAGGGGGCAGCAUUGUUGGAAGCCAUGGGAGCCCUCCGGUGGUGUCACUUGGAGUUACAUCUUGUCCCUUGUGCUGUUUAGCAUCCUUAGGAAGCCACUGACCAGGGUUUGGAGGUGGGUGUCAAGAGAUGAAGCUGAAUCCUGAAAAUUACCUGUUGGGAAAUGAACUUCAACUUUGUCCAUGUUAUUGAGAUCUCCUGCAAUAAUUUGGGAGACGAUACCACAAUGGGGCCAUUCACUGUUUUUCUUUUCACCCAGGUAUGAGGAAAGAGAGAGUCCAGAGAAGCCACUGGCUUUCCCUUCAGAACUGAGGAACAGGACCUUCAAAUCCUGUGAUCUAAAUCACCUUGUGGAGAAUACAAUGAAACAAUGGAAAGGUAAUGAAAACUGGAUGCCAGGAUUUCACACUGGGAAUUCUGUUACUUCUUCAGAACUGAACAUGCCAGGCUCUUACUGCAUGGAAUUGAGUAACCCCAGGAUACCUUCCUUCUUGGUGCUCCAGCCUUCAUUUCCUUUCCCCCAGAAUGGCCCCUGUAUAUUGUGACGCUGGAUCCUGUAAAGAAAGCCUGAACCAGAGUGUAGAGCAAAGUCAGGAUUUUUUCCUCCCAUGUGCAUCUGUUUACAGUUAUACGAAACCUCCUUUUCCUUGUGGUUCCCUGUCUGCACAAUCUGGGGUUGUCCUUUUGGAGGUUCUCCUGCUCUGAAUUGAGUCAAAGGGCAUUAAGAAGCCUCCAGUCCAAGAAUGUAGAGCCCAAUUUCAGGGACAAAGUAAGCUUGCUCUAUGAUUGUUGAGUUUUAAAUCUUUAGUUAUUUUCAUAGAUUCUUCCUAUGAUUUUCUUCUUUUUAAUUAUUUUUUGUACAAUUCAAUUAAUAUUUAAUAAUUGUACUUGAAUUUAAGGAUGCCACAUUAUAAAAUGUUAGUUUUGUAUGGAGAUUUAUCUCAGGUGGAAUAAUGUUGCCCUUACACUUUAUAUCUUUUUGCUUCCUCAGUUGCUGUGUUAUACAGAAAACAGCUUCAGAAAGGUAAAUUUCCAGGGGAGGAACAAUUUCACAGGAGGGAUAGGGACUGAUAAUUCAUGGGUGUUGAACCGUCUGUUCUGCAGACUUUGGGACCCCCAUCAAUGGCGUCACUCUGGGAAAUGAUCCUCUAGUGGUGUUUGGGUUCUUUGUCUGUCCCAUUAAUGAACUGGGAGGGAGUUUGAAGGCUUGGGUUUGGGGCAGAGCUUGUCUCUGCAAACAAUCUGCACACCAGUCUGAGUUAAUUUUCCGCCAAUAGACUAUUAUCUUGGUUUCCCCUUUAAUUUUAUAGAUUUUGCUUUCUUUCAUAAAAUUUAUAUACUGCUUGAUUGUGGGUAAAAGCCUCAGAGCCUUACAAUAUCUUACAAAAGCCCUUAAGGAGAUUUCUGAAGGGUCAGUCCAGUGUCCAUCUUGUUGAGUUCUCAAGUAUAAGGAAUCCCCUUUGCAUUUUGUUUUCCCUCCACACAAUCUGGAGAGGUUCUUUUGGGGCUUCUCUAGAUUUGCUUGGAUUUCCCCCUCGUGAAGUGUGUUAAAAAGGGCACCCGCAAGCACCCAGUCCCUCCUCCACCUCCUGCCAGGCUGGUCUCCCAGCAGCAGAGCAAGGGCUGAGCCGCCUCUUCCUCAGAGUUUCAACCUCACCAGCCGUUUCUCGUGCUACAGCCAUCCCCAUCUCCUCAGAGUUCCCACACAGUUCUUUCGAGAUCAGCCCUAUUCUAAGAGGGAGCACUUCCCAUUGCACGAGUCCCUUGGAAUUACAGGGUAAACCUCUGCCAAUUCUUCCUCUGCAAUUUGGUUUGUCACCAUGCUUGGAAAUUCCAGUUUCAACAGCUUUGCCCCACCAGUUUACUUGGGGCAGAUGUUAAACCUUUCUUCAUCCAUCCAGUUCAGAUCCCCAUUUCAUUUGUGGAUUUUGAAUCAUUGUAUUCUGCCAUUUCCUAGUAUGGUUUACCAUUUCUCAUUUUCCCAUGAAAUCAUGGAAUAGCAGAGUCUGAAAGGAUCCCAAAGAUCAUCUAGUCCAGCCCCCUGCAAUGCAGGAAUUACAACUAAACACGUUAGUUGUUUUAAUUCCUUAGGCCUAGUGAUAAUACAUUCUCAAGAAUAGUCUUUUGGAGAAUAUUUAACAUCACUACUUAGGCCUACAGCUGUCGUCUUUGCAUGAUGUAAUCUUUUGAUUGAAAUAAGGCAGGGGUCUGCAACCCAUGGCUCCGGAGCCGCAUGUGGCUCUUUUAUACCUUUGCCGCGGCUCCAGGGCGGAUACUAGCGAGGAGAGGAGGCGCAUUGUGCGCCCCGACACUCCCCACUGUGGCGGGUGCUGUACUGGCUGUGACGUCGCAUGGGGACGGUGCGUGCGUUAGUCACGCACCGUCCCGACGUCACCUUCCCGGUUUUGCGGCUCCCAGUGUUUUUUUUCUUCGGAAACGGGUCCAAGUGGCUCUUUUUGUCUUAAAGGUUGCAGACUCCUGAAAUAAGGAAACAACAGAUGCUAUGAUGUUUUGUAAAAAAAAUUUAUUUUUAAGCUAUUGCAUUGUAGCCUGUUAAGCCUGUCUUUUUGUUUCCUCAGAUAUUCAGUCAUUCAGACAUCUUCAGAGAGGUAAAUUUCACAUGGAGACCCCAAUUCACAGGAGGGGGGGACUAGUGUUUCAUGGGGGUCAAGAGUCUCUUGUACCACAAAGGCAGAGAGGGUGGACUUGAAGGUGCAGAAGUGGGGGAGAGAAACUCCCCAGAAGGAUCAGCUGGAGGAGGGAAGAGUUUCAUUCCUGCCUAGAGAGAGUUCGGUUGCUUUUCCAUGUGACCUUUUUCAGGACUGGUUGCCACGUGUCCUCUUUUUGUAGGUCCUCUACAUUCAUGAUUAAAAUUUCUCCCCUAGGUGGAUUCUUAAAAUUAUAAAAUUGGCAAAUUGUCUCAAGUUAUUUGGUUUGGUUUGCAGUAAACCAUUUACAUUUUUCUAGUGCAUUAGACUCAGAUCUAAGGCACCCAUCUAAGCUAGCCUAGAGCAGAGAAUCACAACAGAGCAGCAUCUUAAGCUAGUCACAUCCUGUAUAAAACCCUUCUCUUGUGGCUGAACUAAAAGGACACUGCCUCAGCUACAAGAUCUUGGAGGAGUCUGGGAGGGCAAGAGUUAAUGCCCCCUGCCCUUAAGGAAAGUCCAUAUGUACAUGUUUAACAGUUUAAUAAAUUGUUCUGUGCCCACUUGUGUUCACAAAGAUGUGAACAUGAGCCCAAAUACUUUCAUGUGGCAAGCGAGGGAGCAAUAUGUAUUAUUAUUAUUAUUCUUUUGUUGUUGAAAUUUCAGAACAUUGCUACUAGCAGUAUAUCACAGCUUCGAAAGCCUACAAAGAGUAGAUGUCGUCAUAGCGAUCUAUGGUUAAGAGUAGAAGUUGGCAAAUGUGUCCUCUUUUUUGCUCUUCAAAAUAUGGCAACUCUACACUUGCCUAUCAUGACUGGUAACUUUUUGAGUUACAGUGGUGCCUCGCAAGACGAAAAGAAUCCAUUCCGCGAGUCUCUUCGUCUUGCGGUUUUUUCGUCCUGCGAAGCAAGCCCAUUAGCGGCUUAGCGGAUUAGCGCUAUUAGCGGCUUAGCGGUCUUAGCGGAUCAGCUGAUAAGCGGCUUAGCGGCUUAGCAGAUCAGCUGAUAAGUGGCUUAGCGGCUUAACGGAUCAGCUGUUAAGCGGCUUAGCGGAUCAGCUGAUAAGCGGCUUAGCGAUCAGCUGUUAAGCGGCUUAGCGGCUUAGCGGAUCAGCUGUUAAGCGGCUUAGCGGCUUAGCAGAUCAGCUGAUAAGCAGCUUAGCGGCUUGGGAAAAGGGGGGGGGAGGGAAAAAACCCCGCAGGAACUCGCAAGACAUUUUCGUCUUGCGAAGCAAGCCCAUAGGAAAUUCGUUUUGCGAAGCACCUCCAAAACGGAAAACCCCUUCGUCUAGCGGGUUUUCCGUCUUGCGAGGCAUUCGUCUUGCGGGGCACCACUGUAUUCCCCCUUUCCCCCAGGGAACUAGUCUUAUGGUAUAUAUUAAAUCCAAAAGAGAAGCAUGGAAUAAGCAGUCCUUUGUAAAAUUGCCCUGCCACCUGCCUCUUCUUCCCUGGCGGCAAGGCCUAAACUUCCAAAAUGGUAGGGAGGAAGGAAAUCAUAGAAUCAUAGAAUCAUAGAGUUGGAAGAGACCACAAGGGCCAUCGAGUCCAACCCCCUGCCAAGCAGGAAACACCAUCAGAGCACUCCUGACAUAUGGUUGUCAAGCCUCUGCUUAAAGACCUCCAAAGAAGGAGACUCCACCACACUCCUUGGCAGCAAAUUCCACUGUCAAACAGCUCUUACUGUCAGGAAGUUCUUCCUAAUGUUUAGGUGGAAUCUUCUUUCUUGUAGUUUGGAUCCAUUGCUCCGUGUCCGCUUCUCUGGAGCAGCAGAAAACAACCUUUCUCCCUCCUCUAUAUGACAUCCUUUUAUAUAUUUGAACAUGGCUAUCAUAUCACCCCUUAACCUCCUCUUCUCCAGGCUAAACAUGCCCAGCUCCCUUAGCCGUUCCUCAUAAGGCAUCGUUUCCAGGCCUUUGACCAUUUUGGUUGCCCUCCUCUGGACACGUUCCAGUUUGUCAGUGUCCUUCUUGAACUGUGGUGCCCAGAACUGGACACAGUACUCCAGGUGAGGUCUGACCAGAGCAGAAUACAGUGGCACUAUUACUUCCCUUGAUCUAGAUGCUAUACUCCUAUUGAUGCAGCCCAGAAUUGCAUUGGCUUUUUAGCUGCCGCGUCACACUGUUGGCUCAUGUCAAGUUUGUGGUCAACCAAGACUCCUAGAUCCUUUUCACAUGUACUGCUCUCAAGCCAGGUGUCCCCCAUCUUGUAUUUGUGCCUCUCAUGUUUUUUGCCCAAGUGCAAUACUUUACAUUUCUCCUUGUUAAAGUUCAUCUUGUUUGUUUUGGCCCAGUUCUCUAAUCUGUCAAGGUCGUUUUGAAGUGUGAUCCUGUCCUCUGGGGUGUUAGCCACCCCUCCCAGUUUGGUGUCAUCUGCAAAUUUGAUCAGGAUGCCCUUGAGUCCAUCAUCCAAGUCGUUGAUAAAGAUGUUGAAUAAGACCGGGCCCAAGACAGAACCCUGUGGCACCCCACUGGUCACUCUUCUCCAGGAUGAAGAGGAACCAUUGAUGAGCACCCUUUGGGUUUGGUCAGUCAGCCAGUUACAAAUCCACUGAGUGGUAGCAUAGUCAAGUCCGCAUUUUACCAGCUUCUUUACAAGAAUAUCAUGGGGCACCUUGUCAAAUGCCUUGCUGAAAUCAAGGUAGGCUACAUCCACUGCGUUCCCUUCAUCUACCAGGGUUGUAAUUCUGUCGAAAAACGAGAUCAGGUUAGUCUGACAUGACUUAUUUUUCAGAAAUCCAUGCUGACUAUUGGUGAUCACAGCAUUCCUUUCUAGGUGCUCACAGACUGUUUGCUUAAUGAUCUGCUCCAGAAUCUUCCCUGGUAUUGAUGUCAGACUGACUGGGCGGUAAUUAUUUGGGUCCUCUCUUUUCCCCUUUUUUGAAAAUAGGUACAACAUUUGCCCUCCUCCAGUCUGCCGGGACUUCACCUGUUCUCCAGGAAUUCUCAAAGAUGACUGCCAGUGGUUCUGAGAUCACAUCUGCCAGUUCUUUUAAUACUCUUGGAUGCAGUUCAUCUGGCCCUGGAGACUUGAAUACAUCUAAACUAGCCAAGUAUUCUUGUACUAUCUCCUUAGUUAUUCUGGGCUGUGUUUCCUCUGCUGAAUCAUUUGCUCCAAAUUCUUCAGGUCGGGCAUUGUUUUCUUUAUCGGAGAAGACUGAGGCAAAGAAGGCAUUGAGGAGUUCAUCCCUUUCUGUGUCCCCUGUUUGCAUUUCACCAUCUUCUCCUCUGAGUGACCCCACUGUUUCUUUGUUCUUCCUUUUGCUACGAACAUACCCAUAAAAGCCAUUUUUGUUGCUUUUAACCUCUCUAGCAAGCCUGAGUUCAUUCUGUGCUUUAGCUUUUCUGACUUUGUGUCUACACGUGCUGGCUAUUUGUUUGAAUUCCUCUUUGGUGGUUUCCCCCCUUUUCCAUUUUUUGUACACAUCCUUUUUAAUCUUAACUCAGUUAAAAGUUCUUUAGAUAGCCACCCUGGCUUCUUUAGGCACCUUCCAUGUUUCCGUCUCAUUGGUAUUACCUGAAGUUGUGCUUUUACUAUCUCCCUCUUAACAAACUCCCAGCCAUCAUGAACUCCCUUUCCUUUUAGUAUUACUGUCCAUGGGAUCUCACCCAGCACUUCCCUAAGUUUUAUGAAGUCGGCUCUCUUAAAGUCAAGAAAUUGAGUCCUAGUAUGCUUGGCUGCUCCUUUCCGCUGUAUAGUAAACUUCAGAAGAGCAUGAUCACUCGCGCCUAAUGAUCCUUCCACUUCUACCCCACUAACCAGGUCAUCAACAUUGGUUAGGACCAGAUCUAAAAUAGCUGUUCCUCUUGUUGCUUCUCCCACUUUCUGGACAAUGAAGUUGUCUGCAAGGCCAGUGAGGAAUCUGUUUGACUUUAUGCUCUUGGCUGAGUUUGACAUCCAACAAAUAUCCAGGUAAUUGAAGUCCCCCAUUACUACUAUCUCCCUUCCUUUUGCAUGCUUGGCCAUCUGUUCCAGGAAGGCAUCAUCUAUGUCCUCUGUUUGGCUUGGGGAUCUAUAGUAAACUCCCACAAUGAGGUCACUGUUAUUCUUCUCUCCCUUAAUUUUGACCCAAAUGCUCUCACUUUGGCUUUGAGGUUCUAAGUCUUGGAUCUCUUCACAGGUAUACACAUCCCUGACAUAUAACGCUACUCCUCCUCCUUUCUUGUCUGGUCUGUUUCUCUGAAAUAGAUUGUAUUCCUCCAUUAUUACAUUCCAAUCGUGGGACUUAUCCCACCAGGUUUCAGUGAUGCCUAUUAUGUCAUAUUUAGUUUGCUGUACCAAGAGCUCAAGCUCAUCUUGUUUAUUUCCCAUGCUUUGCGCAUUAGUGUACAGACAUUGAAGUCUAUUAAUCAUUCCCCCGUGUCUCUUAUUUAAGGAUUUUUUCCUCCCACCACUAGGUCUGUGUGCUGUUUGCUCCAUUUGGUCUAUGACAUUUGGAUGAUCAUCUUCAUCAAUUGAUAGACUCCUACCUUCAGGAGCACUGUCUCCCUCCCCCACAUUAGUCAGUUUAAAGCCCUCCUGAUGAGGUUUCUGAGAUUUUUGGCAAAAACAUUCCUCCCAACCGUUGUGAGGUGCAGCCCAUCGCUUGUCAGAAGUCCAUCUUUAAGAAACUGCAGUCCGUGAUCUAAGAAUCCAAACCGUUCCUGUUUACACCAUUUGCGAAGCCAGUUGUUCACUUCCACUAUUUUUCCCUCUCUCCCUGGGCCACGUCGUUCAACUGGGAGGACAGAUGAGAUGACAAUUUGUGCAUUUAAUUGUUUCAAUUUCCUGCCCAGAGCCUCGUAGUCUUUUUUGAUCCUCUGGAGACUAUUGCUUGCAGUGUCAUUGGUUCCCACAUGAACCAAGAGGAAGGGGUAUUUGUCAGUGGGUUUUAUGAUUCCUUGCAGUCGUUCAGUUACAUCUUGGAUCUUAGCCCCAGGGAGACAGCACACUUCCCGAGACAUCUUGUCAGGCCCACAGAUCACUGCUUCUGUUCCCCUCAGUAGGGAGUCCCCUAUCACCACUACACGCCUCCUCUUAGGUCUGGUCGGGGUUGUUCCGUGAGCUGUCCGUUCCAAGGUCGCCUGCACAUUCCCUGAGGACUGACUUUGCUGCUCGUCUUCAUAUACCUGAUCGACUGUAAUGAGGGAGAGAUCCUCAAAUGGAGUCUGCUCUUCGUCUUCCAUGCUAGGGAGAGGACCUCAAAGCGAUUGUGUAUUUCUAAACAAUCAGAGCGAACCCUGGGCCUCCUACUUCUUUGAGUCACAUUUCUCCAUAUAUCUGGCUCCUGUGUUGGUGAACUAGCCUCCUUCUCAGGGGAGUCCCCUGUCUCCUCCUUGGUGGAGACGGUGUGCUCUGUUGCUUCCAAGAAGAGCUCCAGCUCUCUAAUUCUUUGGAGCAUAGCUACACGUUCCUCCAGUUGCUGGACUUUGUCUUGUAAGAGGGCAAUCAACAUGCAAUUGCUGCAAGUAAAGCUGCCUGCAACCUUUGGCAAGAUGGCAAACAUUGCGCAGGAAUCGCAGGCGACUGCAGCUGUUCCCUCACCCUCCAUCUUGAGAACAUGUCGUUGGGGGUGACUACAGCGGUCCUCCAUCAUAAAAAGCGUGAAGACAGGACAAAUAACUCCCCCCCCAAAAAAAAAACCUAGGUCUCCGCCAACAAACGUGUGAGACUAGCUCCCCUAAAUCUAAAAUUAGCUCCCCUAAAUCUAAAAGGAAAGGCCAAGUGGGUGAGAGAGAUGGAGAGCAGGAAUAAACAGGCUCCCCACUUAAUGCGAUUUUCACUUGUGGGCACAAGGGCCUAGAACGUGACCCCCGUGAAAGUGAGGGGAGGCCUAUAUGUGGUUUUAUGUUGUAUUUUUAUGCUGUGGACCACUCUGAGACCUAUGGAUGAAGGGCAACAUGCAAAUAUAUUAUUAUUAUUAUUAUUAUUAUUAUUAUUAUUAUUAUUAUAGGGGGGUCCUCAUCUCCCAGCCCAACCCAGAGCCCAACCCAGAGCUCCCCAAAGGCCAAUUCCCACAGAGAUUGUCAGAGGAAAGCAGCUUCUCUCCUUUCCUGUCUCCUCCAAUUCUCCUCUCUUUCCCCUUAGAUAACACAGAAGAGAUGAAUAAAAGGUUUACUGGGUGGUUUUUCCUCUUAGAAAAUGCCUGGGUUGAGAGGAGGGCAGGCACAAUACACAUCGGAUAUAAGAAAGUGAAGGGAACUGAUUUAAAAACCAUCAAGGAAGAUAUUUAUUCUGAUGAGAGUCUGCAAGGAGGAGUCUCGUCUAGCAUGCGAUGCAAAGAAAUCCCCUUGAUCUUGUAGCCUUUUUAAUCCAUGGGUAGGAAUAAUUGUUGCACCCGAGCAGAGACAAAAGGAAAGAGCGUUUUAUUCUGCCUUGGGGGGGGGGGGAGCAGAGGCACCUGUGUGAUUCAGUUCACAAAAGACAGGCCGCACCGAAAACAUUUUACAAGCAGGUUUUAUCCUUUUUUCAAACCCCUUUUUCCCUCUCCCCCUUCACAGAUUCUUACAUAGAAAUGUUGCUUUUCGUUCUCUGGCUCUGUUCCCGGAAGUAUGUUGCAAAUCAAUGUACCAGGAAAAGGUUAUUUGGAUCUGGGAAGCGAGAAGCUUUUCUGUUCUCAGCUCUGGGUUUGUUACAGCGUUUUUGUUACAGAGAGGACUGCUUAGCUCAUGCUUUUUGUCUUAGAAAUGUAGUUUUUAAAAUGCGUACGCCGAGGCCUGGCUGGGGGGGGGAAUUCACAAACAGUUUUUUAGGGCUUUCUGGGGUAACCCUAACUGUACCCCUUCAAUCUGAAAGGGAAUCUGGGGUUUUCGGGGUUUUUUUAUUAUUAUUAUUAUCAGGAUGUCCAUUUCUGUCUCUCAGCUGACUCUGCCUAAUCUUCUCUUUCCCUCAUCUUCUCCCCAACAGCAAAUGUCACUCUGGAUCCAGACACAGCCCAUCCUGAACUCAUCCUGUCCAAGGAUGGGAAAAGCGUGAUACAUGGAGACAAACCUCAAGCCCUGCCUGAUAAUCCUGAGAGAUUCAGUUACCGGCCUUGUGUGUUGGGAUGCGAGGGAUUCACAGCAGGCAGCCAUUUCUGGGAAGUCAAUGUGGGGAGUGAGAAACAUUGGGCUUUGGGGGUCACCAGGAAGUCUGUGGAGAGAAAGGGCAUCAUCUACUUAAUCCCUGAGUGGGGGAUCUGGGCUGUGGGGAAGUGGGGAGGGAAGUACUGGGCCUGCACCUCCCCUGUUUCCUCUCCUCUGUCCCUGUUUUGGGAGCCCAGGAGGAUCCGGGUGACUCUGGACUAUGAAGGGGGACGUGUGUCUUUUUCUGACGCUGACUCAGGAGCCGAACUUUACACGUUCUCAGGAGCCUCGUUCUCUGGUGAGACCCUCCUCCCUUACUUUCGUCUGUGGGGAAAUAAAACCCACCUCAGUAUCUCCUGAGGGGACUAAAUCUGCCUCUCAGGCCCAGCAGGAGUUUCUCUCCAGACCAGCGUGACUGAUAUAAAAACCAUUUACCCGCCAAGAGCACGUUGGGCAGUUUUCCAAGGGCCCUUUGAGAGGAUUCAUUCCAGUCAAAAUCAGCAGAAAUAACCAAACAGAAAUGGUAUCUGUUUGGUUAUUGGUUAUUAAAUGGUAACCAAACAGAAAUGGUAUCUGAAAUGUGUAUCUGAAGAAGUGUGCAUGCACACGAAAGCUCAUACCAAGAACUAACUUAGUUGGUCUUUAAGGUGCUACUGGAAGGAAUUUUUUUUGUUCAAACAGAAAUGGGUUGCUCUUGCUUUGCAUUUUCCUUCCUUUUCCCAGAAUUCCCUCUGCAGCUUACUUCUUAAAGAGACAGUCACACUUUUAGGAGUCCUAAUAAAUUUUAUCACCUUCAAUCUUGUUUUCCAUUUGAGGUGUCUGAUUUGGCAGAGGACGAGACUCUUAAUCCCAGGGUUGUGGGUCUGAGCCCCACGUUGGGCAAAUGUUUCCUGCACUGCAGGGGGUGGGACUAGAUGACCCUCAGGGUCCCUCACAACUCUGCAAUUCUACGAAACCUUCCUCUCCCCACAAGACCUUAUGCAGCUGUGAAAAUGCAUGCACCAUUGGAUUAAUAGAGGACUCAAAAAUGAACCCCUUCACCCACAUCAGGCAGGAUACCUCCUUGCUAUGGAGACCUCAGAGGGGAAGAAAAAGAGAAAAAAAUUGAACAGGGCGUCAGCUUCAAAUGCCCUCUGCAAAUACAGCCUCGCCAUCUCCACACGCCAGAAGUAAACCUUAUUGCAUUGAGUGGGGCUUCUGCCCAGUUUUGAGUGGAUGCAUUAACGUUCCUUAUUUACAGCCUGGAUUCUGUAUAUUGGGGGCAUCAAAUGGGGUGUCCUCUGGAUAAUGUUGGACUCCAGCUCCCCUCUGACUCAUCCAGCAUGGCCAGGGGACAGAGAGGAUGGGAGCUGCAGUUUGGCAGCUUCCAGAAGGGGCCCCAUGGGCUGUGCUGCCCCAUACAUUGUGUUCCUGAGCCCCACCCCAAACACACAGUGCUCCCCCAAGGAGCAUCAUUUCGGCACCAGCUACAUCUGAUUUCUCUCCUUAGAUACUAACAGCUGGCACAACACAUGCCUGUGGAAUUGACCCCUCAGAUAUCAGGCAGGACUCUCUGGCUCCACUAUCAGGGCCACUGACUACUGACCGGUGCAGCCUGCUCUCCUUUCCCUGCGUUUUCCAUGGGGUGGUGGCACAUGAUGAAAUAAAGACACCUCCCCC